GUUAAGAAUGUCGAUAGCACUCCAGAAUUGUACUUGGCGAAUCCUGUAAGUUCCUUGAAGUUGAAACUCCACAUGAGUCAGGACUGGGCAGCUUGGCAGCGAGUGAUGGAGGCUCCUCUGGCUGCAGAUCAAGUCCAAAUGCAGAAGCGCCUCUUAGGGCUCACACCUCGACACUUGAGCUUACAGCGAGCAGCCCAACGAUUGCAAUCCGUUGUCAAGUUCUACGAUUUUCAGCCUGCUUCCUUUUUGAAAAACAAAAAGCACUUAAGGCUAAGUUCUUUAGACUGCUAUCACAUGGGCGUGGCUCUAUUUGAGCAGCAGAAUUACGAAGACGCAGCUAAAUGGUUGACAGUUGCUGCAGAGAAUUACACUUCUUCGCCUCUCAACGAUUUAAUUGGGAUUCCCCAUUGGCGUGUUUAUGAAAUGCAGUUCGAAGCGCUGCUCAAAAUAGAUAAGAAAUAUAGUGCACAUGUGGCAAUAACCAAUGCCUUAAAGUUAGCUCCAGCAAAUGAGCAACUUUUGGAAAAGAGACAACGUUUGAAAACUGAUGAUCGAUUAGAAGAUUCCAAUUCCAAUCCACCUGUUGUGCUCAGUGAACUGCAGCAACAAUGUAAAAGCAAGCCUAGGCCGAAUAAUACCUUAAGCUGCCAAUAUAAUAAAAGGAACACGGACUUUAUUCGAUUGGCGCCGCUGGCAGUCGAGGAUCUGUGGAUAAAUCCCGAUGUAAUGCUCUAUAAGCAAGGGAUUUACGAACGCGAAAUUCGCCACAUUAAGCAAGCUUUUAGAAGCUGCCCGGAGAGUCACAAGUUUGCAGAGGAGCCUGGAUUAAAUGGAUGCCUGAUUCCAAUUAGCUAUAGUCCAAGAAUCCGGCGUAUAUCGCAACGUUUGCAGGACAUGACAGGACUCGAUGGAGCCAUGGAUGGUUUUUUUGUGUUGAAGUUUAGCAACUCAGAUACUUUUCGACUCUUUCAACUGAAAAUUUUAAAAGAAAUAAUUCAGGAGGAUGUGAAAGCUACAGCGAUUGUAUUUUUAAACAAUGUUGCUUUUGGAGGCGUUCUUACUAUACCAAAUAUUGAUGUCGUCGUCAAACCAAGUCGCGGAGAUGCUUUGAUCACCUUUAACGAUGGCAACUUUAAGCACACAAUGUGUCCCAAUGUUGUGGGAACUUCAAUGGUAAUUAUUAAGCUUUUCUUUGAAGCGGGAGUGGAUGAAAUGGAGCUUGUGAACGAUGACGAAUGAUAAUUAGUAUAUAAAAGACGUGUUGGAUAAGGUGAAUU